GAUCACCGAUCACGGAAAGAGCCAAAGAUGUCGGCUCAGUCAUGGGACAUGUACACUGAUCAUCAGGGCACUGAUGAUCAGUGUGCCCUGAUGAUCAGUGUAGCCCCAGAAGUGCCACCUGUCAGUGCUCAUCAGUGCCUUAUGUCAGUGCUCAUCAGUGCCUCCUGCCAGUGUCCAUCAGUGCCACAUAUCAGUGCCCAUCUGAGCUGCCUUUCAGUGUCACCCAUCAGUGCCAGUCAGUGCCACCUAUCAAUGCCAGUGCCAGUCAGUGCUGCCUAUCAGUGCCACCUAUCACUGCCUGUCAGUGCCACCUAACAGUGCCAGUCAGUGCAACCAGUCAGUGCCGCCAGUCAGUG